AUGGAGCCUGAUGCUACAGACUCCAAAGCGACCGGGUUGGCCCUUUCUGGCUAUGCCUUGUUGCGACAAAUCCCACUGUCAGUAGUGGUUGCUGCUUUCAUCGUCACAGGUUCUGUGUACUUCCAGCGUUUCAGAUACAAGUCCCAGAUGGCGAAGUUCCCAAUCAUUCUAGAGCAUCUAAGUAAUGAGGAACGACGAGCAAAGUUUCUAGCUGGAGCAAAAGCCCUCUAUAAGGAUGGCCAUCAGAAGGUGCAAAUCGUCCUCCCGUUUUCCAUGUUAUCUGAGCUUCGGAAAGCUCCUGAAGAGGUUCUGUCUUUCUAUGAUAUGUUUUCAAAAGGUUUAGAAGAAACCUACACUUAUGUGGACAUUGCAUUUCUACCACAAGUUGUCGAUACAAUCAAGAGGGAUCUUACACCCAAGCUAACGAAUAUCACCUCUAAGAUCUGUGAGGAGGUCGAUGCAGCGCUGGAGACAUACCUUCCAUCCCACAACGAGUGGACGGAAAUCAACGCAUCAGAAACAGCUCUGGAUAUCGUCGCAAAAGUCUCGGCUCACUUGUUCAUUGGGUCCAGUGUUGCUAAUGAACAAGGCUAUCUUGAUUGCACAAAGAACUUUACUGUUCACCUAGGCGAAGCUACAAAAGCGAUUAAAGUUACACGAGUGUGGCUCAGACCUUUCCUAGCUCCUCGACUACCGGAGGUCAAACGCCUUCUUGAGACAAGGAGAAAACUAAGAAACUAUGUCAAGCGCGUUAUGGAAGAGCGAGAGGCUAAGAUGAAGGACCCGAACUGGGACCCACCUGAUGACAUGAUGCAAUGGCUUCUCAAUCGAACUGACAGGUCAAAAGACACGUUGGAAGACUGUACAGCUGCGCAAGUCCUUCUCAUCUUGGGAACUAUCAAUGCAUCUAUGCAAACACUUAUUGCCAUCUUGCAUACGCUAGCGGUAACCCCUGAGUAUAUUGAGCCGCUCAGGGAAGAAAUUCGAAACACCUUGAACGCCGAUGGAUCGAUUCCAGUCAGCGCGAUGAAGGAGUUCGGAAAACUGGACAGUUAUUUCAAGGAGGUUGGCAUGCAUUUCCCGGUCAUCAUAGAGCCAUAUUUCCGACGAGUCCGCAAAGGCUACACUCUCUCCAAUGGACAGUACCUACCUCCAGGCGUAGCUAUCGUUAUUGUAAACCCACUCGUCACAGAUCGCGAAUUUGAAACUUUUGACGGAUUCCGACACUACAAACUACGCGAGAUGAGCGCACAAAAGGAUAAACCUCAGCACCGAUGGUUGAUUGCAAAUGAAACUGAGUUCAGAUGGGGUUAUGACAACCAUGUCUGCCCUGGUAGAUUCUAUGCGCAUAACCUGCUCAAGAUCACCCUUGCCAGACUGAUCGAGAACUACGAGAUCAAAAUGCCAGGAGAUGUCACGGGAAUAGAGGCUAGGUACAAGAUGGUUGAAUUUGGAAAUGUUGUGAUGGAACCAAGAGAUAAACCGCUCAUGAUCAGGAGGAUACCAAAGGAGGCUUGA